CAGCCCCUCAGUGACCAGCCCUUGGUUCUGAGUUGCUGAGAGCCACGUGUACUUCCCUCUUUACCCAUCGCGGGAAGUGAGGGUGGAAUUUAAAGGGACCGCAGCUCCAUGCGUUUCUUCCCAACCGUUUUCUUAUUUGACUCUUAACGUUUUUACUCCUUAAUUCGCAAAUAGCCCACAUCGCCACCUUUUCUCUUUCCUUUUAGCGGAGUGAUCAAGACAGUAUUGCUGAGGUAGUUUGUUUUCUUGGACCGCAGCGGAGGGAGGAACCUGUAAGGGACACGUAGUUUAGAAGCUAGUGCUGACAAGGUGGACGCUGUACAGACUCAGGGGAGAGGGAAAAGGACUGAUACGGAUGUUAGGCCUCUCACCCCCCAUCGAUAGACUCUCUCUCCAGUGUCAUCAGAUCAGAAAAUGUGUGUGUAAAAGCACCAACAUUUGAAAUAACGUCGGAAGAAAAGUUUGGCCUCGGUUUUUUUUGCCCUGUAACGGAUAAUUUCGAGGCAGUUGCCUUGCAUGAGAGGUUUAGUACUGCAGAUCAACAAGGAUGAUGUAACUGCUCUACACUGUAAAGUGGUAUGCCUUAUUCAAAAUGGAAGUUUCAAGGAAGCCUUGAAUGUCAUCAACACUCACACUAAAGUGUUAGCCAAUAAUUCUCUUUCCUUUGAGAAGGCAUAUUGUGAGUACAGGCUGAACAGAAUUGAGAAUGCCUUGAAGACCAUAGAAAGUGCCAAUCAGCAGACAGACAAACUAAAGGAGCUUUAUGGACAAGUGCUAUACCGGUUAGAACGCUAUGAUGAAUGCUUAGCAGUGUAUAGAGAUCUUGUCCGAAACUCCCAAGAUGAUUAUGAUGAGGAGAGAAAAACAAACCUUUCAGCAGUUGUUGCAGCACAAAGCAAUUGGGAAAAAGUGGUUCCAGAGAACUUGGGCCUCCAAGAAGGCACACAUGAACUAUGCUACAAUGCUGCAUGUGCACUGAUAGGACAAGGCCAUCUGAGCCAGGCAAUGAAAAUCCUACAAAAAGCUGAAGAUCUUUGCCGCCGUUCAUUAUCAGAAGAUUCUGAUGGGACUGAGGAAGACCCACAGGCAGAACUGGCCAUCAUUCAUGGGCAGAUGGCCUAUAUUCUGCAGCUUCAGGGUCGUACAGAGGAGGCUUUGCAACUUUACAAUCAGAUAAUAAAACUAAAGCCGACAGAUGUGGGAUUGCUGGCUGUGAUUGCAAAUAAUAUCAUUACUAUUAACAAGGACCAAAAUGUCUUUGACUCCAAGAAGAAGGUGAAAUUAACCAAUGCAGAAGGAGUAGAGUUUAAGCUUUCCAAGAAACAGCUGCAAGCUAUAGAAUUUAACAAAGCUUUGCUUGCUAUGUACACAAACCAGGCAGAACAGUGCCGCAAAAUAUCUGCCAGUUUACAGUCCCAAAGUCCUGAGCAUCUCCUGCCUGUAUUAAUCCAAGCUGCCCAGCUCUGCCGGGAAAAGCAGCACGUAAAAGCAAUAGAGCUGCUUCAGGAAUUCUCAGAUCAGCAUCCAGAAAAUGCAGCUGAAAUUAAGCUGACCAUGGCACAACUGAAAAUUUCCCAAGGUAAUAUAUCCAAAGCAUGUCUAAUAUUGAGAAGCUUAGAAGAGUUAAAACAUAAACCAGGCAUGGUAUCUGCAUUAGUGACUAUGUACAGCCAUGAGGAAGAUAUUGAUAGUGCCAUUGAGGUCUUCACGCAAGCUAUCCAGUGGUAUCAAAACCAUCAGCCCAAAUCUUCUGCUCAUUUGUCCUUGAUAAGAGAAGCUGCAAACUUCAAACUCAAAUAUGGGCGGAAAAAGGAGGCAAUUAGUGACCUAGAACAGUUAUGGAAACAAAAUCCAAAAGAUAUUCACACCCUGGCGCAGCUUAUUUCUGCUUACUCACUUGUAGAUCCUGAGAAGGCAAAAGCUCUUAGUAAACACCUGCCCUCGUCAGAUAGUAUGUCUCUGAAAGUAGAUGUCGAGGCUCUUGAAAAUUCUCCUGGUGCUACUUACAUUCGGAAAAAGGGUGGAAAAGUUGCUGGAGAUAGUCAACCAAAGGAGCAAGGACAGGGAGAUUUGAAAAAGAAGAAGAAAAAAAAGAAAGGAAAGCUGCCUAAGAAUUAUGACCCAAAGGUGACCCCAGAUCCAGAAAGAUGGCUACCAAUGCGAGAACGUUCUUAUUACCGGGGAAGAAAGAAGGGUAAGAAGAAGGAUCAGAUUGGAAAAGGGACCCAGGGAACAACGGCAGGAGCUUCAUCUGAACUGGAUGCCAGUAAGACUGUGAGCAGCCCACCCACCUCCCCACGACCUGGCAGUGCAGCAACAUCGGCUGCAUCUACAAGUAAUAUCAUACCCCCAAGACACCAGAAACCUGCAGGGGCUCCAGCAACAAAAAAGAAACAGCAACAGAAAAAGAAGAAAGGUGGAAAAGGUGGCUGGUGAUUGGAACAUUCUUGUUUCCAAGCUAUUUUUAGUCUCACUGACACUAGGAACA